GUCUUGAACACGUCACCGUAAUCGUCGUCCUCACGUGCCUAAGGCUAUACCGAUUCGGUCGUAUCACGUGAAGCUGGCUUGCGGAACGAUCCUCGUAGACCCCGACGGCAAUGUGCUGGCGACUUUAUGACACCCACGUAUACUUCCCGGCCUAUCGUAAUGGCCGCUUCUAUGGCUUCGUUUCUACGGACGAGACAGGCGAGUCUUGGUGACCUCCAGGCCAAGACACUCUGCUGGCUUGCGUAUGCGCUUCUGAAGAGGCAUUACCGCCCGCUCUCAUCUACCAGGGCACAUCUGGGAUUCAAUCGAGCUGGGUUGACGACGUGGAGGCUGAACAACACCAGAUUUUCUUCGCUAACUUGCCUUCAGGAUGGACGAAUAACGAGCUCGGGCUUGCCUGGCUCGAACAGGUGUUCGACCGCUAUACGAAAGCGAAAGCAAGACGCGGAUGGCGACUUCUGAUCCUUGACGGCCACGGCAGCCAUGUAACGGCCGAUUUUAUCGACUUUUACGACACCAAUCGCAUCCUGCUCGCGAUCUUUCCACCUCAUUCAACCCACAGUCUUCAGCCGCUCGAUGUGGUGCU